AUGUACACAGCCAAAAUCUUGCAAAAAAUCAAAUCGGUGGCAGAAGCCCAUAAGAAUAAAGUCAAAGAUGAGUCCUUCCUAAGCAUCGAGUGCAAGGAUUGCAAAACACGCGGACAUUUCAACAAGGCAUACCAUGAAUGCAAGUUUUACAAAGCAGUUUCUGCGCAUGAUGGAAGACCUGCGGAGUUUUCUAGAAAACCAAAAUCACCCGCAACAACCACUUAA